AGUUUUUCUUUUCUUUUCCCAAAGUGGUGAUGUUUUCAUUUGAAGAAGUUGGUCACUGUGCGCAAUGGCGUGUAAAGUACAAGCUUGUAGUCAGAGUCACAUUUUAGAGGAAAGAUGUCGAAAGUAUAAGACAAUGUGAAUAACUACAUUGCGCACAUAAACUUAACAUUUCUUACUGCAAGAAGAGAAGGAAGAAGAUGGACGACUUGAAUGAAGAGGGAGCGGAAUUAUAUAGUCACCAUGGUGUAGUGGUUAAAAGUCAAAGCCAAAACCGGGAUGACGAUUUUCAGUGCUCUGGUACUUUGAGUAUCGUUGAAUAUUGCAGCAUCGGUAAAUGUAUUGAAUGGAAGCCAACAGAGGUGUCGGUGGAUUCAGAGACACAUGACCAAGAAUGGGCAAUGGUCAAUGCAGUAGGACGCAGGAAUCUUCCUUCAAAUGGAAGUAAUGAAGGUCAGAAUCGAUGUCGAUCAGUACGUAUUGAAUUGGCAGAUCUUAAAAGUUUCUAUAUUACAAGAAAUAUGCAGCGGGUAACAUUGAUGCAGCGGGAUGGAACAACACACAGUGCAUUCUUCUUCCAGCAUGGCAAUGCUGACUGUUUUGUGGCAGCUCUGAAAGGAAACAUUAAAACUAUUAGAUCCAGGAAGGAUAAGCAUCUGUUCAUAGUGCCAGAUCAGCCGGAAAGUCAGGCGCUGAAUCGAUCAUUUGCAGAAUUGGAUCUCUACACGGAGAACACAUCAGAUUUUGUGUGGAGAUUUGUAAAAAACUUGCCUCACCGUCCAUAUGAAUCUGCUUUAGAAGCUUUCUGCAAGGUUACUGACCUUUUGUUAUUUAGGCCACCAGAGCAGCGGAGAGAAGAAGAAGUUGCAGAGCUGCUAAAUAGAAGCCUAACCCUGGAUGAGUCACCUGCUAAUGUUGCUGUAGAAGAAUAUGCAGUCAUACAACUCGGUAAUGGGCCGAUUUUGCCGCCUCGCCCCCCCGCUCCUCGAGGCCCGCCACUUACUGUGGAACAGUGGACACGGUUUCAAGAUAAAGAUGGCCGCAUCUUAGAAGUGGAAACUCUGAAAGACAUCAUAUUCAGAGGGGGAGUGGAGCCUCAUCUUCGAUAUGAAGUGUGGAAGUUCCUCCUGGGGUACUUCCCAUGGGAUUCGACGCACGCCGACAGACAGAAAUUACGAAAACAAAAAGUGGAAGAAUACUUUCAGAUGAAGUUACAAUGGCGAAGUGUAACUCCAGGUCAAGAACAGAGGUUUUCUGAUUUUCGCGAAAGGAAAAGUCUUGUUGAGAAAGAUGUAACCAGGACAGACCGCACAGUCCAGUUCUUUGCCGGGGAAAACAACAAAAACCUGCAGACUCUGUCCGACAUUCUGAUGACGUAUGUCAUGUACAAUUUUGAUCUUGGUUACGUACAGGGAAUGAGUGAUCUGCUUUCACCAAUUCUCUGUCUCAUGACUGAUGAAGUAGAUGCCUUCUGGUGUUUUGUGGGCUUCAUGGACAAAGUGUGUAGCAACUUUGAGUUGGACCAAGCUGGUAUGAAGCAGCAGCUCCAACAGUUGUACUGCCUGUUGUCAGUGACUCUGCCUGAUCUGGCUACAUAUUUGGAGAAACACGAUUCUGGGAACAUGUUCUUCUGUUUCCGUUGGCUACUGGUAUUGUUCAAACGGGAAUUCUUACAUCAAGACAUUAUGAGACUCUGGGAGGUGUUAUGGACGGACUUGCCUUGUCCAAAUUUUCAUCUUCUGUUCUGUGUUGCAAUUCUAGACUCACAACAGCAUAUUCUUACAGAGAAUAAUUAUGGAUUUACUGAGAUAUUGAAGCACAUCAAUGAUCUGUCAUUGAACAUUGAAUUGGAUUCAACUGUAAGUAAAGCAGAAGGAAUUUUUCACCAACUGACAUCAGCUGUAAAGUUGCCUGAUGUUGCAAGAAAGAUUAUUGGGCUGGAUCCCCUUGGAGAUCCUGAUGGUGAGGACAAAAAUGAUUCAGCUCAGGCAACAAAUGUCGACAGAGGAUUAAAAGUUGAAGAGGGUCCUGAAUCACUGGAAACUGUUACAUACGAACCCAGUACAGGAGAGGUAUCAUUUGAGCGAUCCCUCAAUCUGAAUUAUCUGUAAAGUGAUCAGAUUGUUAGAAGUUGUGUUUAAAGGGGAUAUUAUGAUUUUAAAAUAUUUUAAGUGGAAAGCACAUAAAUUAUUUAUCCAUGUUUUGAACACUUCAUAUUUUGUAACUGAAUGUUAUGUAUAUAAAUUGUAACAUUUUCAUUUAUACAGUGAUAAUGGGCUUUUUAGAUUUGGACUCAUGUUUCAGUACUCACUGAAAUUGAUUCAAAUAUCAGAGUUCAACAUUAAUAUUGUCAGGAUGCACUCAAAAAAUCCUUAGUUUAAGAAUUGUAGAUUCUUCAUUGUUUUCAUCAAUAUACUGGAUGUAUCCGGAUACUACGUGCAGCAAGUAAGACUUGCUCCCUAUUGUUAGAGCUUUUUUACAGAAAGAAUUAGUUGAAUGAGACCAGAAAAUGAUGUGGCUAGUCCCACCUUAUUAAUAUACAGUCGUGCACACUGGCAGAUAAAACAGCAACAGCAUGAAAAAAUAAUAAAAUAUGAUACCAGAUGCAUCACCACUGUUUGAAUUGUACUCGUCACCAGAGUCCAAAACUACCAUAAUGGUACAUUGAAAUGCUAACGGGUUUUUUAUUCGUAUGCAUUAGAAAACCUUUGUGUACCACUUUGGUUUAAUAAGGACAACAAUUUCAGUACACUCCACUCCUUACUUAUUGCUGUUGGAAGAUCAGGCUUUUUGUUUCAUCCGAUGGCACGAUUCGGCUCACAUGAGUAAUGUUGCUAGGUCUACUGCUGCAUUUUGUGUAUCUCUACAUGGCACUUUGUGCUUCCCCAGUCAUAUCCUCAAAAACAAGAAUUUUGUAAAAAAAAAAUGGUGCACGUUAUUUGGAUAACUAGAAUGUUUUGCUUAAAUACUGUUGUCUCUUCAUAAUUACAGUUGUAUUAAAGAAUAUAUUUUUUGUAACUUA